GACCAGCCCCCGCCGACAGCUGUGCUCGUGCACCGUUUGUGUGACUUUCGCAGUCUGUCCCCGGUACCAUGGCGUCUGGCGAGGAGGACGGAACCGUGGAGGAGAAAGAAACCAACAACAAGAAGCGGACGAAAGGCGCCAUCGCCACAGCAUGGCUCACAAUCUACAACAUCGCCAUGACGGCCGGGUGGCUGGUACUGGCUGUUGCCAUGGCCCGGUUUUACCUUCAGAAAGGAACUCAUAGAGGCCUGUACAGAAGUGUAGCAAGGACACUGAAGUUUUUUCAAACACUUGCGCUGCUGGAGGUCGGACACUGUGCAAUUGGAAUUGUGCGGACAUCUGUAAUUGUGACCGGGGUCCAAGUGUCCUCUCGGAUAUUCAUGGUUUGGUUUGUUACAAACAGCAUCAGACAGAUUCAAAACGAGGAGAGCGUGAUCCUGUUCGUGGUGGUGUGGACGGUCACGGAGAUCACACGCUACUCUUUCUACACCUUCAACCUUCUCAAACAUCUGCCAUACUUCAUCAAAUGGGCCAGAUAUAACAUGUUCAUUGUCAUGUACCCGUUGGGAGUAGUUGGUGAACUGCUGACCAUAUAUGGUGCCUUACCUUACGUUCGGCGAUCGGGCAUGUACUCUCUGAGGCUCCCGAACAAAUACAACGUUUCCUUUGACUAUUACUACUUCCUGAUCAUCGCCAUGCUGUCCUACAUCCCAUUGUUUCCUCAGCUGUACUUCCACAUGCUGCGUCAGAGGAGAAGGAUGCUUCAUGGAGAAAUCAUAGUGGAGAAAGACGAGUAGACAGAAACCAUCCCCAAAACCCCAAACAGCAAAGUAUUCAAGUCCCAAUGCAGCCUUCAGUCUCUG